AUGGGGUUGUUCUCCAAGCUCGCAGAGAAGGCAGAGAAGAUGGCAGCGCAGGCGCUGGGAGGCGGUGGAGGUGCUGGGCAGCAGCCUCAGCAGCAAUACGGGCAGCAGCAAUACGGGCAGCAGCCCUACGGGCAGCAGCAACAAUAUGGACAGCAGCAUCAGGGCGGUUACGCGCCUCCGCAGGUCUACCAGCAGCAGCAGGCGCCGCAGCAGCAGUAUCACCCCGGCUUUGGUCAAGCGCCGCCACAGCCGAGCGCUCCUCAGUACCAGGCGCCCACGGCCUACAGCCCGAACCCCCCGCAGCAGCAGGCCCCAGUUCAGGGCCGCAAGAAGGCCGUGCUAGUUGGCAUCUCAUACGUCGGGACGCGCGCCCACCUAAGGGGCACCCUCAACGAUGUCGAGUGCAUAAAGUACUGCCUCAUCAACAGGUUUGGGUUCCCCGAGUCUCAGAUCGUGGUCCUGCGGGACGACGUCCAGCACCCGGACUUCUACCCGACAAAGGCCAACAUUUUCCGCGCGAUCCAGUGGCUGAUGACUGACCUGCAGUUUGGUGACAGCCUGUUCUUCCAUUUCAGCGGCCACGGCAGCCAGCUGCGCGACCCCACGGGCAUGGAGGCGGACGGCUACGACGAGACCAUAUUGCCAGUGGACCACGCCACUGCUGGCCAGAUCCGCGACACGGGUUAG